GUCUGUUUCUUUCAUGAUUUGUGUUUCUGUCAUCCUACUAAAUAUGUACACAAGCAAAUCUGAGUUUGUCAGUCAACCAGAUCCAGUGAUGUCUGUCUCUGUUGGUGAUAAUGUCACUUUGCGUUGCCUUAUUUUGAAUAAUAAUGAUGAUCCAGUUGUUUGGUACAAGCAAACUUCAGGACAACAGCCCUCUAUUGUUGCAUUGGUGCAGAUGGUGAAAUAUGUGGAAAAUCCAGAAUUUUAUAAUGAGUUUAAAUCCCAGAAGCGUUUUACUAUUGAGAAAGCAAAUAAAAUGUGUCUCUUGAAAAUUGCAAAAGUUACAGCAUCUGAUGAAGGAAUGUAUUACUGUGGAGGGAAAAAUUAUGAGAUUUUGUUUGGUGGAGGCACAUAUUUAAAUAUAAAAGGGUUACAAAAUACCCAGCAUAGAUUGAAUAUGUCUGUUCUUCAGCAUCCUGCAUCAGUGUCUGUCCACCCCGGAGACACAGUGAGGCUGAUGUGCUCUGUGCUGUCUGAACGCACAUCAUCAGACAUCAGAAUGUUCUGGUUCAGAUCUGAUUCAGAAAAAUCUGUUCCACAGAUCAUUUACACUUAUAAUCAGAGUGAUCAGUGUGAGAUUUAUUCUGCUACACAAAACUGUACAAACAAUAUGUACACAGACAUUGUCAGUCAGACGGACGCUGGCAUGUAUUAUUGUGCUCUGAUCACAUGUGGAAAAAUUAUGUUUGGUAACGGGACAAAAAUACAUGUGGAAAAGCCAGUGGAAUCUAUAGUGAUUAUAUUGGGAGUACUGUUGGGUUUCUGUGUGGUUGUGAUUAUUGCUCAAGCUGUCUCAUACCAUAAAAAAUCAAGACAUAACUACUGCAGAGAAAACGUUCAAGACAUCGACAAAGUACAUCCUUUCAGUCAGGACUGUAAUGCAGUACAUUUGCAUUAUGCUGCUCCUGAUUUUAAGGAGGGGAAAAACAGAAGAAUGAGAAGAAAAGAAACACCUCAGGACAGCGUGUACAACCAUCUGAAUGAUCUCAGUAUGAGUGAUCACACUAUAUUUGAGUAGACACUGCAGAUUAUCAAACAGGAAAUGUAACAAACGCCCCACCCGUGAGGCAGUGAUUCACUAUCAAAUAAUGUACUGUACGCCUAUAGUUCAAAAAGGAAAAAUGCUUUUUAUGUUUUUAUGCUGAGGGAAGGUUUAUGCAGUGUCAAAAAUCCCUUUGAAAUCUGAAAUCUAAUCACAGCUCAUAACUAUGAAAUUUUGUCUUGGGUGUCUGUUUUGUCUGAGAAUGAUCUUCUAUUGUGUCAUGAUUUUCCUCUCAGGUUUUGAUCUUCCUUAUUAGCAUGAGCAGCACAGAUUGUGUUGGGGAUGUAAGUCUGA